AUGAAGUUCUCCACCCUCCUCACCACCGGCCUCGCUGCCACCGCCAACGCCUUCGUCAUGUCCACUGAGCACAAGGCCGCCGCCAACCCCGAGCUCGGCCAGCUUGACAGGCGCGGCUGCUACAUCCAGUGCCCCCUCGGCAACUGGUACUGCGAGAAGUCGCCCUACAACUACGUCUGCACCAACGACGGCCGCUUCCGGAAGGACAAGUACGACCAGAGCUGCGAUAACGCCUGCUGGUGCACUUGCGACUUCACUGCCCCCGGCAUUGAGAAGAAGGAUGGUGGCGCUGCUGCUGAGGAGGCCACUGCCUAA